AAAACCACCAAAGGAGAGAGCUUCUGUCAAAGCACUCAUGCUACAGUUCUCACGAGCUACAAACAUAACUUCUUUACAAACACACCGAGUUUGUCUCCUUGUUGUGGACAAUGUCCUGCGAUGUUGAAGAGCCCGUCGCCACAGACGAACCUCGGUCAGCAGAGAACAGCUGGAGUCUCAACUAUGUCACGGGGAAUCUGUUCUUCGGUCCACAGGACGAGGCUUUGGCUCACUGCAUCAGCGAGGACUGCCGCAUGGGGGCAGGCAUCGCUGUGCUGUUCAAGCGGAAGUUCGGGGGAGUAGCAGAGUUAAAGGAACAGAAAAAGAUGACAGGAGAAUGUGCUGUGCUGAAACAAGACGGACGUUUUGUGUACUAUCUGUGUUACUGUUAUUACUCUAUAUUGCAGAUCACAAAGAAAAAAGCAAGCCAAAAACCCACCUAUGACAGUCUGAGGCUGAGCCUGGAGGACAUGAAGUCACACUGUGUAAAGAACGCAGUGACAAAAAUAUCAAUGCCUCGUAUUGGCUGUGGCCUGGAUCGACUGGAGUGGGCAAGAGUGUCUGUGAUCCUGGAGCAGGUGUUCAAACACACAAACAUCUCCAUCACAGUCUACAGCCUUCCAGUAAAAGCAGAGUCCACAGUGAUGGAGGAAAACAGGCGCAGAUGAUUGAUGUAAAUGUUUGGUUAUUGUAAUAAUUGCAUUUUGCACUUUUCUGUUAUCGUUAUUUCCACAGAAUGUGGCUGUAACAGCGAUUUCUCCUUCAGUGAGCAAAUGUUAUCUCACAAAUAAAUAUGUUCUUUGCAC